GCGAAGUUGCCAGAUAUAUCUUCCAGUUAGAGCUCAGUGGUUCCACAGACAGAAGUCUUACUCGGAGUCUAAAACGUCACGGAGAAACAAGCCGGUUUACUCUUUUUCUGCCUGUACUCUGAAGUGGAUUAGGAUUUUAUGUACAACAUGACAUUUGAGGAACUACAUGGGGAUUAUUCACAGGAAGAAAGAAUGGAUUCAGUAGCGACAGCUUUAGAAGAAGUGCUCGCCUCUGCGUUACCGCUGGGCUGCAUCACAGUCGGUGUGUACGAGGCUGCCAAGUCACUCAAUGUAGACCCUGAUAAUGUGGUUCUGUGCAUCCUGGCCACUGAUGACGAGGAUGUCAAAGAUGUGGCCCUGCAGAUCCACUUCACCCUCAUUCAGGCUUUCUGCUGCGAGAAUGACAUCAACAUCCUCAGAGUGAACAACACCAGGCGCCUGGCAGAAAUACUGGGUGGAGGAGGAGGUGGAGGUGGAAAACCGAGUGGGGGGGAACCCAUGGACUUGCACUGUGUCCUGGUCACUAGCCCACACUCCACAUCAUGGAAGGACCCGGCUUUAAGCAAAGUGAACCGAUUCUGCAGAGAGAGCCGCUGUAUGGACCAGUGGGUACCGAUCAUCAACCUGCCUGAACGAUGAAGUUCAAACCUGUGAAAUGACAUUGAUGAGGACGAGUGGUGUGAACCCUGAUGGACAUGUUACCACCCAGAGAUCAAAUUCCAAAGCACUGCUGAUGGGGAAAGAAAUAAAAGACCCGGCUGUUUUACGUGGGUCGUAUUGGAUGGAUUUCCACCUUCCACCCUGGACAAGACUGUUCGGAGUUCCCUCUGUCAGCGCUUGAGACCGAGAUGAGAUGGCGAGGCAAUAAAAAGCAUGUGUGCUUUUGAAUGUGAAGCUGGACAAUGUAGAGAUGGAUGAUGUCAUGUGUUUGUUUGAGAAAGCUUCUGCAGAUAAGUGGGAAGGAACUAGAAGCUGUUGAGUGGACCAAGGCCUCGAUCUCUCUCUGCAGAAACAAAGCACUUGUUAAAAACACUGGACCUUUUGCAAUUUCACUUAUUUGAUUAAAAUUGUUAAUGUUGAUGUUGUUCAUAAUUUAUAAAAAAAAAAGGGAAGGGCUACACAUCAAGUGUUUUUGGUGUUUACUAUGCCAGCUGUUGUUUUUUUGCCUCAAGGUAAAUAGUUCUUUUGUUACAAUUUAAAUUAUUUCUAAUGAUAUUUAAGUGUAUUUAAGUUUCUUUUCUUUUUUUUUUACCUAAACUAUUUGCAAAAUCUGAAUACAACACAAAUAUAUGUAUUGCUGUCAAUAAAAAGUAUUCUUUGGAGCCAGAA